CCUCUCUCUUUAGGGGCCUCUUCUCUUUUUCCAGUUUUCUUCUUCUUUUUUCUUUUUUUUUUUUCCUUUUUUUUUUCUUCUCUCACUUUCUCGAGGCCUCCAUACUUUGAACCCUAGCUGGAGAAAAAAACCGUAAUUUUCUUGGAAACCAAACACCUCGAUUAAUUUAUCUCCAGUCAAUCGCCGAGAAAAAAAAUGCAGCACCAGAGGCUGAAGCAACAGCAACAAGCCUUGAUGCAACAAGCUCUUCUUCAACAGCAGUCUCUCUAUCAUCCCGGCAUCUUAGCUCCUCCUCAGAUAGAGCCAAUUCCCAGUGGAAAUCUGCCUCCUGGUUUUGUUCCAAGCACUUGCCGCAGUGUGUAUGUGGGAAAUAUCCAUACACAAGUGACUGAACCACUACUUCAAGAGGUUUUUGCAAGUACUGGCCCUGUUGAAGGUUGCAAGCUUGUCAGAAAGGAAAAGUCAUCGUAUGGAUUCGUCCACUACUUCGAUCGCAGAUCAGCUGCUCUUGCUAUAUUGUCUCUAAAUGGAAGGCAUUUGUUUGGACAGCCUAUCAAGGUCAAUUGGGCAUAUGCUAGUGGUCAGAGAGAGGAUACAUCAGGUCACUUUAACAUUUUUGUUGGGGAUCUCAGUCCUGAGGUUACUGAUGCAAUGCUGUUUGCAUGCUUUUCAGUCUAUCCCAGUUGUUCGGAUGCAAGGGUUAUGUGGGAUCAGAAAACUGGGCGUUCAAGAGGAUUUGGGUUUGUUUCAUUCCGUAACCAGCAGGAAGCACAAAGUGCAAUUAAUGACUUAAGUGGAAAGUGGCUUGGCAGUCGGCAGAUUCGUUGUAAUUGGGCAACAAAGGGUGCUAGUAGCAAUGAUGACAAGCAGAGCUCUGAUGCCAAAAGUGUGGUGGAACUUACCAAUGGCUCAUCUGAGGAUGGUAAAGAGACAACCAAUACUGAGGCUCCUGAGAAUAAUCCUCAAUAUACUACUGUUUAUGUGGGCAAUCUUGCUCCGGAGGUCACCCAACUUGAACUCCAUCGUCACUUCCAUGCUCUUGGUGCUGGGGUGAUAGAGGAGGUUCGGGUCCAGCGUGAUAAAGGCUUUGGCUUUGUGAGAUACAGUACUCAUGCUGAGGCAGCUUUGGCUAUUCAGAUGGGGAACGCUCAGUCAUAUCUAUGUGGCAAGCAAAUAAAGUGUUCUUGGGGCAGCAAGCCUACACCACCAGGGACAAGCUCCAAUCCACUUCCCCCACCUGCAGCACCAUUACCCGGUUUUUCAGCCACUGACCUUUUAGCUUACGAACGACAACUUGCCAUGAGCAAGAUGGGUGGAGUUCAUGCUCUAAUGCACCCACAGGGACAGCAUCCUCUGAAGCAGGCAGCAAUGGGGGUGGGUGCUGCUGGAGCAAGCCAGGCUAUAUAUGAUGGUGGAUACCCGAAUGUUGCUGCUGCCCAGCAGCUAAUGUACUAUCAGUAACAUAUAAAGAAAUAAGUGGUUGUGUGGUAAUAUCCUUAUUUCCUGCAUUUGCAGGUUUUUAAUUUGAGUUCUAAAUAGGAGGAGGCUUUUUAAAUGUAUUUUCCCUUGGAUAGCAGUGAGGCUGCAUGCCAUCCUGCUUUUUAUCUUUAUAUAGCAUAUGUUUGUCGAUUGUAUCAAUCUUACGUAUUUCCAGAUUUUAUCCGAGUUCUAAAACGUGUAGGAAGCUUCUUAAUGUAUUUUCUCCUUUAUACA